CGCGCAGUAGCAGCAGAGUUGCUGCUGCCGCUGCCACAGUCGCCGCCGCCAUUUUCGCUGCUGCCAGCUUAGCGUGCGCUGGCAUUUUGGCGGGCUCUACUCCAACGCCCACCACAAAUAACGCCACCGCUCGCGCAGCAGCCGCCGCCGCCGCUGUCGACGCCUCAGCUUCAGCUUCAGCUUCUAAUUCGGCUACAGCUACCUCGGAUGCCAGCACAGCAGAACGCGUCAAUGUGAGUGCGGCAACUGCAGCGAAUUCGAUAAAUACGAGUUGUAGUAGUAGUAGUAGUAGUAGUAGUAAAAGUAGGAGUGGUAGUGGUGGUAGCAGUAGCAGCAGCAGCCGCGGCGGCGUAUACGUAACAUCCUCACAGCAGUGCGAAGUUGCUGCUGAUUUUUAUGCCAUACAGCGGACAGGUGUAAAACAUAAAACAAAUCUUCAUACUUCCUCUGCAUCAUGUGGCAAGCGAAACGGUGGUCGAACUCGUAGUAGAAAAAAGUGUCUCGCCCGCGGUCGCAUUAGCUUUUGUACAGCUUACGGUAGUAGUGGUGGUAGUGUUGGUGGCAGUAACAGUGUUUGUGAGCGUGUCAGCAAUUUGAGUGGUGAAGGUGGCAUUAACGUAGACUUCGACUGGCAACCGGAGCGUUACGAGCGCAAUAUUGACGCAAGGCUGCGAGUUGUGGGCGAUGCAACGUCUUGCGGAACAAGUCUACCUGGAACUUACCAGAACUCCCUGCAAGAGCAAGAGCUGUAA